AUGGAUCCUUCGCUGUAUGAGGCAGCAGCAUCAGGUGAUCUUCGUUUUCUCAAAGAAGUUGGAGAUGGAGAUAGAUCAGUUGAUAUUCUCUUUCAGAAGACCCCUAAAAAUAACAAUGUUCUUCACAUAGCUGCUCAGUUCAUGCAAACACAAUUCUUCAAGGAAUUCCCAAAUCAGAUUCAAUCUCCGUUGUUUUGGGCCACCAACACCAGGGGUGACACUCCCAUGCACAUUGCUGCUAGGGUAGGUUGUGUUGAACUAGUUGAGUUCCUCAUCGAUCACGCAAAAAAGUUACAAACUGAUGCAGCAGAUGAGGAGACCGGACCAGCCGAUGCUGAAGCUUAUAAAGAGUCACUUCGAAUGACUAAUUCGGAAAAAGAUACAGCUUUGCAUGUUGCUGUUAAAAGCGGGUACCAUGGUGUUGUCAUUCUGUUAAUGGAUGCUGAUCCUGAAUUGUGCUGUUAUACCAAUAACGCCAAAGAAUCUCCUUUGUUCUUAGCUGUUAGCAAGGGGUUUCCAGAAAUUGGUUCUUGUAUUUUGGACAGGUCUUCAGCAUCUCUUUCUUUCGAGGGGGUUAAAGACAUCGUGACGAUGAUGGUGUCCAAAAAUCCUGAAAUAAUCAAAGAAGUUGAUGAACUUGGUUGGACUCCCUUACACUAUGCAGCAUUCAGAGGGAAUGUAUCGGCAAUUAGAUCGCUGAUAAAACGUAACAGUUCUGUAGCUUACAUAUUAGACAACUGUGGAAUGUCUGCUCUUCAUGUUGCAGCGUACGGAGGCCACAUAAAAGUAAUGAAAGAAUUGAUUCGAUUGCGGCCUGAUACUUGUGAUCUGCUCAACCACAAAGACCAAACGGCUGUACAUGCUGCAGUUUUGGGUGAGAAGCCGGCUGUUAUUAGGUAUAUUUUGAAGACGCCUACUCUAGCAGGACUUGUAAACGAAGCAGACGAUGAUGGAAAUACUCCUUUACAUCUGGCUGCCUCUAUACCGAAUUCUGCAAUUAUGAAAGCCUUGGCAAGGGAUUGCAAAGUUGACAAGACUGCAACCAAUGUUCACCACUCCAAAGCGGUUGAUAUAUACCUUGGUAACAAUAUUGAACUGCGAUAUGUGCGCCGUGAUUUCAUGAAAUUGGAAUCAUCGGAGGAGAAGAAUGACUUCAUGAAAUUAGAAUCAUCGAAGGAGAAGAAGGCUACAUCCACCACAGUGACCAUUGCAAACGAAAAAUCAGUCAAAGCUUCGCUGGAUGACUCGAAAAGAUUUGACACAAAUCUACUAGUUGCGGUGCUUAUUGCUACCGUCAGUUUUUCAGCCGCUUUCACCAUGCCUGGGGGAUUUAAUAGCGACGGCAUGUCAGUAUUACACCAAAGGAUAUUUUUCAUAGGGUUCGUGUUGUUUGACACCAUCUCCUACUUCUUGUCCCUCCUUGUGGUGUAUAAUCAUUUUAUGGUGUCGAAUAAGUCACGAAUCAUUAGAGACACACCUGCAGUUUUCAUUCGCUAUUCCAUUGUAGCAAUGGUGUUGGCAUUUGCUUCGGUACGUCCUCGGUACCCUGUAUCGCCAGUAUCAGAGACAAUGUCCCAGGAUCAUGUACGAUGUUUCUUAUAG